CCACCUGGUAGGCAUCGUCUUAAGUGUCCACAUGUGUCGACAUGAUUCAUGUGAUAAUUUUUUCGUGAUUAAUCACAUGAGUUAACUCGUUAAUAUUGACAGCUCUGAUAUAAAGAUACAUCUUUGUGUUUUUGUUCAUAAUUAACAUUUCAUCUUAUCUCAUUAGAUGCCUUUUUUAGGACCUUAAAAACACAACCGUAAUCGGUGAAUUGGACACCCCCGCUUGACCUAAUCUUACAUUUGAUCAUUUGUAGUGUGAAAAAUGUAUAUUAAAUGACAAAAUACCAAAAUACAGCAUUAUUUGCUGAAACGAUAGUACUUUCAUGAACAAGUGAAUGCAAGCCAUACAGGUCACACUGAGGGUGGCCGUAUAAACAACUUUAACACUGGUACAAAUAUGCGCCACACUGUGAACCCACACCAAACAAGAAUGACAAACACAUUUCGGGAGAACAUCCGCACCGUAACACAACAUAAACACAACACAACAAAUACCCAGAACCCCUUGCAGCACUAACUCUUCCGGGACGCUCCGAAUUCGGAGGUCUCGAGCUUGGCAAGUAUGUUCCAGUCUCAAUAAUAACGGCUAGCCGUUAGUCCUGCUAGUGGGACUCUAAGGAGACAAGUAGAGCUGCAUGUUGUGUGGGCGUCCACACCUGUCGCGGCGUCGCCGUUUAAUAACAGCAGUGCAGUCUUUUAACGCACGCCUAGGAAUUUACGGAUGUGAAACGAAGUGACCGGCUGCAUCGGCUUUUUGAUGUGGCGUAGUCAUGGAGAUCUGUGUGCAUACACAUUGGCAUCUGGCGUGGGCGUGAGCCUUUCAUGGGGACAAGCAGAAGUUGCUUUCUGCCGUGCGCUUGUAAAAGUGUGUGAUUUGAUAUGCAGUGGAGCCUACUUUAUAUCGCUGAAGACCACCACAAUUUAAUCAUGGCAGCCAAAAUUGUGAUCGUGAUUAAAAUUGUAUUUAUUGGCUCACAUUUGUGACACUAGCCAAUCACAGCCUAGAUUUGUUGUGCUGCCAAUUGAGGUCUCUCUAAAAAUGAAAAGUAAUUCUAAUAAAUGUUGUAUGACCUUAUGUUCAUUCACUGCAGCUUCACUCAGACGAAAAGGAACUACUUUAAGCGACGGAUGAAGACUUUUCCAUUUCUACUGUGCAUGUGUUUGUGUGUGUGAGAGAGAGAUAAGAACAACAGAAGAUAAACCAAAAUACAAAGCAGUCAUUCUCAGUAGGGAAUGGUUGACAUGUUCUUGUCUUUCGUCAUGUUGUGAGCAAAGUUGAAGAAAUGUUAGUUUAGGUUGAUAAAUUGUGAAAGAAAGAAAACAGCGGAUAACAAUGUGCACGAACCCAACAAUAGAAAGCAAAUAUUCACUGAAAGGUCAAUUGUUGAAGUAUUGGGAUGUUCACACACGUUUCCAUCGUAAUUAAAUGUCAGCCAUGACUUGGGCCAAGAUGGUGAAGACAUGAGGAUUGGCGAAUGACUGAUGAAAACGUGAUGGGGAGGAGCUAUUGAGUCCAUGCUGCACUCCUAUUGGUUGGUCAUGUUUCAGUAGCUGUAAGCUGAGCUCUAAUUGGAUAUUUUUCUAGUAAGAAAUACAUUGAAGUGAUGCUGAGUCCCAAGUCUGCUCUUGAGAAGAUAGGUGAGAACUUCAUCUUUUAAAUACAUGUUUUCCUCGUCAUGAACUGUUCUUCAUGUCAACUUCUCACACAGCUCAUCAUGGCCGACUGGAGCCACUGUUUGACCUUUGGCCUCUCAGUGGCCAAACAGGCCAGUCAGCUGAUCAUGGCGGCAUUUAAGCAGCAGAAGGAGGUGACGUGUAAAAGUUCUGCUGCUGAUUUGGUGACACAAAGUGACAUGAAGGUGGAAAAGUUUAUUAUGUCUGCCAUUGCUGACAAAUAUCCUCACCACAGGUUCAUCGGGGAGGAGUCUGUGGGCAUGGGGGAGAACUUGCAGCUGACAGAUCAUCCCACCUGGAUCAUUGAUCCCAUUGAUGGAACUGUCAAUUUUGUCCACAGCUUUCCGUUUGUGGCCGUCUCCAUCGCCUUCUGUGUCAAUAAGCAGACGGAGUUUGGUAUCGUGUACAGCUGUGUGGACGACAAAGUGUACCAUGCUCAGCGAGGAAGAGGAGCCUUUAUGAAUGGACAAAUGCUGCACGUCUCCGGACAGCAAGAUGUGAGCAGAUGUGUGGUGGUGACGGAGAUCGGGGCGGAGCGCGAUGACGUUGCUCUGUCCACAAUGACGUCCAACAUCUUCAGACUGCUGAAGCUUCCUGUGCACGGAGUGCGAGCGUUAGGCACGGCGGCAGUGGAUAUGUGUCAGGUGGCGACUGGUGGCGCUGACGUCUACUAUCACAUUGGGAUGCACUGCUGGGACAUCGCUGCCUCUGCUAUUAUCGUCCAGGAAGCUGGAGGCGUUGUCAUGGAUACUGAUGGCUCAGAGUUCGACAUGAUGUCACGCCGAGUCAUCGCAGCGAGCUCGUCUACUGUGGCCAAUCGUAUUGCUCGGGUGAUUAGCGCAUUUCCCUGUUGCCGUGACGACGCCAAGCCAAGCACAUGACGUCCGUGUCGGCGGGAUUGACGGCCAUCUGUCAGUCAUGCAUGCGGUCAACCACCAAUCAUAGCUGCUGGGUGGUCGAGCAUACAAAUGGCAAUCUGUAAAGUCAAUUUCUCUCUUUUGGUGUCUAUGUAUGGGUCAAAACAAUCAUAAAUAAACUCGA